CCGAUGAAUUACAGGGUAAUGCCGUGAAUAGCGGUGUUUUUCCAUAACCUCUCAAAUCGUGUAGAGCACAGUCUGUUGCAGACAGUUUAUGUUGUAGAUAUGGCACCAACAAAAAAAGCUGAUUUAGACAAGUUAGCAUGGGCGUGGAUAGAAGCGGUUGCUCCAGAACAGAUUGAAAAAAUACAUUUAGAGACUGCAUACAGGAUUGGACUAAAAAGUUGUAAAAAUUGCAAACGGAACUGCACCAAUAAUCCCCAAUGCCUGACGGGCUUAGGGGAAGAAAAAUAUAUGAAGUCACAACCUACCGAGGUAGUACCUUUAGAAAGUUCUCUCUCUGAAUUACGUGAUCCGACUCAAUACGUCGGGUUGAAAAACUUGGGUGCUACUUGCUACGUUAAUAGUCUAAUUCAAAUGUGGUUUCAUAAUGAAGACAUGAGGAGAAUAAUAUACAAAUGGGAUAUCACGGAAGAUCCGGAAGAAAGGGAGACAAUGCAGCAGACGAAGAAGGCAGGACUACCGUAUCAUCCAGUAACCGCGGUCGGCCAAUUGCAAUACAUUUUUGCGAUGAUGCAAUUCGGAAAUCGGAGUCUCCUUGAUCCGAUGAAUCUCGCAGUCGCGUUAUCUCUGGAUACCAGAACACAGCAGGAUGCUCAGGAAUUCUCCAAGCUGCUACUGUGCCAUAUAGAAGGAAAGCUGCAGCAAGACUCAAGGCUGAAGCAGAUGCUGCAGAUGCUGACCCAGGGAAAAUACAGCUAUAUCAAUUGUUGUUCCACGUGCGGUACCGAGCAUCCGACGUCUACCACAUUCUACGAAUUGGACCUGCAAUUGGCGGCCACCUUGAAGGAGGCGAUAGACAAGUAUCUGUCUGAAGAGCAGCUGACGGGCGCGAAUCAGUAUCACUGCACCACUUGCAAUGAUAAAAAGGACGCCAGGCGAUUCAUACGGUUAGAAACUCUGCCGGAGACUCUAAACAUCCAAUUGAUGCGUUUUGUAUUUCAUAGGGAUUCCGGACAGAAGAAAAAGUUAAAUUCGUACAUCCAGUUUCCCGAGGAUCUCGAUAUGUCGGAAUACGUUAGGUGUCAACCGCAAACUCACUUGUAUAGCCUCGUUGCAGUAUUAAGCCACAAAGGUCCUUCCGCUCACUCUGGACAUUAUAUUGCGAAUAUAUGCAAUUCGAGUGGUGAAUGGUACCAGUUUAGUGACGACAAAGUGGAAAAGAUGCAGAAUAAACGAAUCGAAGAUGGUGUAAACGAUAACGUAAAACCGAUGAAACGAGGCCGUGUUCCGAAGGGAUUCCUUUCAUCGAAUACGGCGUAUAUGUUGGUUUAUAAAAAAUUAACUACAGAUUAUCCAGUAAGUGUUGCAAAGAAAAUGAAGUUGAAGAAACCCGAGGUGGAAGUGAGCGUCUCUAGCGAUUCUGUUAACUUGGAAAGGCUUAUCGUUAAAGAGAAAUCUGAUUCGUCGGACGAAGCGCAACGGAAAAACGGCAUCGGGAAUAUGUCGCCAACGGAGGAAGAAAAUCCUUAUAUGAUAUCCAAAUUAGAUUUCGAGAAUAAAAUAGACUCGGAUGAAUCUGUGGUACUUCAAAACACUGAUGUAUCAACGGCUAAAAAUGAAACUAUAGAAACUAUCGUCAAUAUGGAUGAAUGUAAGGACACUUCUGAUCCCAUCGCACAACAGUUGCAGAAUAAAAUUCAACAUCCAAAGAAACCGAUAGUGAAAAUUGUCAAACUCGAUUACAAACGACUGAAUGGUGCUGCACACAGAGCUAUGAGUUGCGGAGAACAAGAUUUCUAUGAAGAGAUGGAAUUCGAGAAUUGGAAAGUGAGCAACACAAUGCGCGAACUCGUCAGGCAAGAAAACGUUAAGCAUGAAUUGAGCUUGCUAGCCGCCCAACAAGAGAAGCAAAAAGAAAUUGAAGAUCACAAUUUCAAGCGACAACUUGUCAUUGAUAUAUAUAAUAUGAUCGCGUCAACGGUAUCUUGGAACGAAUACUAUUGGAUACCGACUGAUUGGUUAUCGAAAUGGUUGAACGGACAUUCUACCGCGGAUAGUGUUCCUCCGAUUGACAAUUCAACUUUAUUGUGCUCGCAUUAUCGACUCGACCCGCUGAAAGUUAGUCGCGCAAAAUGCGUGCCAGUGGUAGCGGCUGAUGUGCUUUACGAGAGGUACCGAGGAGGCCCACGAUUAGAUCAGACAUCUUUGUGUGAAACUUGCGUGAAGAGACGUUGUAAACUAUUGCGAUUCAAAUCAUCGCUGGAGCGUGAUCAUAAAGAAGUCAAUGAGCUCGUUCGCACAUUUAAAGAACCUUCUGAGACGAGUUACAUUAUCGGUACCGAUUCAUUACGGUCAUGGCGAAGAUUAGCUAUGGAAACCUUCUUGGAGGAUAUGGAGCAAGAAGUUGACGUUUGCCAGGAUACUCCGCAGGAGGAGAGCAAGAAAGAUGGCAGCGACUGCACGAAAGAGGUCGAGGAAAACGAGGGAAAUGAGAUUAUAAUCAACUUUAACGAAGAUUUACUUUGCGAGCAUAAUUCGCUUAAAACGGCAGACUCCAGUAGAAAAAUAAUACCUCAAGAGGCAUGGUCGAUUCUUCGAAAAUAUUUCCCGGAUUCGAAAGAAUAUCCUAUCGGAGCCUCGUCUUGUUCAAUCUGUGAGGAGAGAAUGGAAAAUGCGCAAAGAGCGAAGAAAGACGAUAAGAUAAAGGCGAAACAGCAGAAGGACGAACUUACUGAUUUAUAUUACGGGAAGAAUAGGAAUGAAAUAUCCAAAUGCGACGAUUCGAAUAAACUAUUUUACCUCGUCGAGAAGGGCUUCUUGGAUAGUUGGCGUUCCUUCGUUCGAUACGCGGAGACACACUCGAGAACACCGCCGCCAGGCAUCCAGAACGCGUCUCUCCUGUGCGAGCAUAAAGGAUUCCUUUACGCGCCCAGGAUCAACAACGAAUUAUACAGUAUAGUAACAGCAGAGGAAUGGUCGAAGCUCGUGCAAUUCUACGAAGUCGACCAUUCCAUCACCAUAAAGAAGACUGAUGACGACUAUCAAACGACUCCUGGGCUGAUAUUAAUAGAUCGAUCUUAAACGUGGAAGGAUUAAUCCGGCACGUGUCGCGGCGCUUCCUCGGGACGAGCGAUCCUUGUCGGCAGGCAAAUUGGCUCCCCCCAGCACCGAUGUUUACGUCCUGCCGGCGUUUAUCGCGAGCACGAGGACCUCUAAACAUCCCAUUGUCUUGUCCGUCUCUCGAUCGCGAGUGCACCACCUCUUUUUUUACGGGGGCAUUUGUCAAGCCGCUCCUCCGAACGACGACGAGGCCGCCGGGGCGAGGACAUCUGAAUUGCAAAGACCUCGUUGACGGCGAAUCGAAUGGCCGGUAUCACCGUUCGGAACACCGUCGGUGGAGAUAGAGAUGUUUAGAAUGAAAUCGACGAUCUUUAGCCGCGCUAACGAACGCUUCGCGUAAACGAGACGUAAACUCCGCCGAUUUUCCCCAUUUAAUAGCACACUGAAAUCGAUUUAAUUUCUCCUUUAGAUAGAAGAUUUGUCUUUAGUUCAAACUUUAAUUCUUAUAGCCAAAACACUUGUGUUUAUCCGGGCUCAGUAUGUGUAAUCCACGGUAUUAUCGCGAUAGCAUUCUUGUUCCCUAAAACACCACCCGAUAUCCCGAAACAGACCGGGCGAUUUGGCUUAUUUGAGGAACGGAUUGCAAAAAAUAGGGGGUUGCUUUCGGUGACUGAUACGGCCCUGACUAACGAGCCGGACGAUCGUGUGCUACUCUUAAAGCCUCGAAGGAUCCCCUUUUCUCGCGCUCCUCUGUCUCCCUCGAUCGCGAAGGUACAUCCGUCCAGCCUCGUAUCAAUCACCCGGCUACUCCCGUUUCGCAGAGGCUCGCCGGUUGACGGAACCGGAGGUGACGCGAUUGAAUACCACCCUCCGCGUUGGAAAACGGAGGGAAGGAAGAAACGGUAUACUUAACGCGAACUCGAGCUGUUAUCACGGAGUGGGCUACUCGAUUCGCUCGAAGAUUGAAAGAACGACGUCAUGUACCGACCGGUAAUAUAUUCCGUGUUGCUCGAAAAUUACCUUUCACAGCGAUUAAUAACAUGUAGCCCCCGGUUGGGAACGACAAUUAAGUCGCGCGCUAUUAUCUGCCGGCAGGCGUGCCCAGAUCGAAGCCUGAUUGUUGUAGAAAUCUGGCGAGAGGGAGUUAGCUGUGUUUCGUUUCCCCGAACGUCGCUCGUAAAUAUCGCUUAGGCGCCAGGCGGUGCCACAAAUCAGGCGCGUCGGUGGUGUAGGUACGGCACUGGCUGUAUCGCAAAACCAACAACGAGUGAGCGAGACCAAGAAAACCGUGUGCGCGGGACGGACGGAGACCUCGAAUUAAUAUUCGGACGGCGAUUUAGAUUUAGAACACGAAUUUGCUGAUUAGUUCCUACGUUGCAGCGACCGCGUCCUUCCACGGCCGGGGAUGGAGAGAUUCGAGAUUUCGCUUCCUGAGGGGGUUGAACUUACCAAGGGUCAGGAGAGACAUUUGUUAGCCCUCUGUCCCCACCCUGCGACAAGUGCGCCGGACACGUCUUAAUAUAUACAUCCGUUGA